CCCACACUCAGCUGGCAGAGCGCAUUGCAUGGUCGGGUAAGAAGGUACAGACAGGUCUGAGGAGAAGAUAUUGGGUAUGGAGCAUCCUCUGCCACCCUGGAAUAACCUGCCACCUAGUUACCUUGGCUGCUGAGUUCUACCAAGCAAAGGCUGGAGCAGUGGACGACCCUGGAUAAGCGAUCUUACCUGUGGAUUACCAUUUGUAUACAAGGAUGCUGUCUGUCAACUCUGAUGGGAAGGUUUUGGUACGAAGAUGUUUUCUUACACUCAGGCCGUUCCGGAUUUUCGUCCUGGGGAUUGGAUUUUUUACUCUUUGCUUUCUGAUGACCUCACUUGGUGGACAAUUCUCAGCCAAGCGGCUAGCGGAUUCUCCAUUUACCAUCAGGACAGAAGUACUAGGUUUAGGAGAAUCUCGAGGAGCCCUUCGUAGAAUGAAUGACAUACUGGAGACCCUGGUAAAGAGGAUGGAUAUCUUGGCCAGACUGGAAAAUGUCAGCGAGUCCCAUAGGGCAGAGGACACAGGGCACUUUGUUUUGGACAGUGUGCACUCAGUGAGUCUGAUGGAGAAGAUUCAGGCAAUUGCUCAGAAUGUGUCUGACAUUGCAGUCAAGGUUGAUCAGAUCUUGCGGAACAGCCUCCUGAGAGGGAAAGUUAUUGAAGGUCAGAGAGAUAUGUGUGACAUCCCAAGAGACCCCAGAUUCCCAGACUGCUCUGGAAAAGUGGAGUGGAUGCGAUCACGAUGGACAUCUGAUCCAUGUUACGCUUUCUAUGGAGUGGAUGGUACGGAGUGCUCAUUUCUGGUGUACCUCAGUGAGGUGGAAUGGUUCUGUCCAGUUCUACCCUGGAGAAAUCAAUCUAUUGGUCCAUUUUCCAAACCCCACCCCAAAAAACAGGCGGCCUUCCGCACAGAACUCUCUUCUCUUCUUGAUCUAAUGGGUACUGGUAAAGAAUCUCUUAUCUUUAUGAAGAAAAGGCUGAGGAGGCUUGAGGCUCAAUGGCUUUUGGCUGCUAGGAAUUUGGAGGCCAAGAUUCAAGACACACCAAAUGAGCAGAAACAGAUUCUAGUCCAUAUUGGAUUUCUAACCGAAGAGUCUGGUGAUGUUUUCAGUCCACGAGUGCUGAAAGGCGGACCCCUGGGGGAGAUGGUGCAGUGGGCGGAUGUCCUUGCAGCUUUGUAUGUAUUGGGCCACAGUCUGAAAAUAACAGUGUCUGUGAAGGAACUGCAAAGUUACUUAGGUGUCCCUCCUGGAAGAGGAAAUUGUCCACUUACAGAACCUCUAAAUUUCGAUCUCAUCUACACAGACUAUCAUGGCAUGCAGCAGAUGAAGCAGCAUAUGGGACUGUCAUUCAGGAAGUACAGGUGCCGUCUGCGUGUGGUGGACACAUUUGGGACAGAGCCAGCGUAUAACCAUGAAGAGUAUGCCACACUCCACGGCUACCGCACAAACUGGGGAUACUGGAACCUGCACCCCAAACAGUUCAUGACAAUGUUCCCCCACACUCCAGAUAAUUCCUUCAUGGGGUUUGUAACAGAUGAACUGAAUGAAACUGAGCGCCAACAGGUGGCUCAGAAUAAGGUCAGAAACAUGGCUGUGGUAUAUGGGAAGGAAGCUGCUAUGUGGAAGUUGCAGGGUAAAGAAAAGUUCCUGGCAGUACUACACAAGCACAUGGAAGUGCAUGGGACUGUUUACUUUGAGACCCAGAGGCCCCCUGAAGUUCCUGCCUUUGUUAAAAACCACGGUUUGCUGCCACAGCAGGAUCUACAGCAGUUGCUUAAAAAGGCCAAGUUGUUUAUAGGUUUUGGUUUUCCCUACGAAGGUCCAGCCCCCUUGGAAGCAGUGGCCAAUGGUUGUGUGUUUCUGCAGCCUCGUUUUAAUCCAGCACACAGUUCCCUGAACCAUGAGUUCUUCCGUGGUAAACCAACAUCCAGGGAGGUCUCAUCUCAACACCCAUACAUGGAGAGGACUAUUGGGAGACCUCAUGUUAUAACAGUGGACUACAAUGACACAAAGGAGUUUGAGGCAGCUAUCAAGGCCAUCAUAAGGAGCAAGAUUGAACCAUAUCUACCCUACGAGUUUACAAGUGAAGGAAUGCUCCAAAGACUCCAUGCCUAUAUCCAGCACCAGGAGUUUUGCUAUCCUCCCUUGCCCUUGCCCAUUCCUGUCAACACAUCCCAGGUUCAUCUCCCCUCACCCUUGGUUCUCAUCAAUCAUACACACUUGGUUUGGCCAUCCAGUGGAAAUCCUCCAUCCAUGUGGCCACCUGUUACAUCCAUGAAAGUAUGGCUGUCUGCAGAAGGAGAAUCCUGCACAACUGCAUGCUGGGAACAGAACUUGGUAUGUGAGCCCACGUUCUUCAGUAUCAUCAACAGACAACCUGUUCUGGAGCAGCUUGGAGCCCAGUGUGAGAGUACAGAAUCUGUUAUGAGCCACUUGUACCCAGCUGUAUCACCAUCUGUCCGGGAAUGCUACCUUCAGAGGGAACCACUACUCUUUAGCUGUUCCGGACAAAGCACAAAGUUCCGCAGGCUGUGCCCCUGCAGAGACUACCGCCCUGGACAAGUUGCUCUGUGCAAGGAUUGCUCGUGAUGCGAUUGGUUGUUCAUGAAAGCUGAUAACUGUCUCCAUUAAACUUCCAACUACUGAUCAUAUAAACUGCUGCAUGUGGAGGUCCUACUGUACCUUUAAUAGCUGAAUCUCUGCCUAGAGUUUUAUGCUGCAGCAUAAAGCAAUAGUGAGCAAAAUAUACACUCACACAACAACCAGUGUAAUACAUAUCGGAGCCAUGUAAUGAUCUCAUGUCCUCCUAUGGUUUAUUGACCAAGGGUCAACUACAAUUUUAUGAGUAAAGCACAACAAAGAUUAAACAGAACAGCAACAACAAUGACCAAUCUGUUGGAAUACAGCUGCAAUGUUUUAAGAAAGAAUCAUUCUAAAAAAGGCAUGUUCUAUCGGCAAAAUUUUGGUACUACUCGAAAUACAUACAUAUUGGUGAUGGAGCCAGAGAGAGUGAAGCCACAGCCACACGUUGACUUCUAGAAGGGACAUCACUUUUAAUUCUGAACAUUAUCAAUGUAACAAUAUGAGGUUUUUUUUUUUACAGAAAUACAAGAAAACACAAAUACAAAAACAAAUGUUGAGGAUUUCAGGAAAUUAUUUUGGACCAAAUGUGAAGUUCAUGAAAGUAACUUAUUUUAAGCCACUGUGGUAGGGAAUAGGUUACCAGCAGAUAUAUGCACUUUUUUCUGAAAGUGACACUUCUAAAUAAACUGGAAAUGUGUGAAAAGAAGCCAUGUGAGCAAUAGGAUUUCUUUCUUUUAGAUAUUCAUGUUAAUAAAGGCUGAACUGGUGAAACAGA